CCCGGAGCCUGUACCAUCUCUGUCUGAAGGGGAGGAGAGAAGGGAGAGAGAAGGCAUCCGAGCCACGGGCUCCUGUUUCCUGCCGCUGGGUGGGGGGCAGCCGGGGUUGGAGCCGGGCUGCACGAUCACACCGCGAAUUCCCAACUUCAGCACCGCCUCCCGCCCGGGGCGAGGCGCGCGCCCCGUUCCUCGGCCCCCGCCCCGGCUGAUGGACCCGGGCCCGUGGGUUCCUUCUCCCGUCUGCUUCCCAUCGAGGCGAGGGCAGGGCGGCAGGGUUCUGACAGCCCGAGGGGCACGAGCGAGAGGCGAGACCCGCGCGGAGGGAAGAGAGGAAGGCUGCGACCGCCCUGCUGCUCCGAGCCCGGCCGGACUGGAGCCCGGAGGGGGUGAGGGGCCCCGACGAGGAAGCGGGAGGGGCUGGGCUUCCUGCCCUGCCUGCGGACAGCCCCUCCGAGAAGCCCACCGCCAGGCGGACGGCGCCUCUCCGCAGCCAGCCUUUGGAGCACCGCGAGCCGGGAGGCGAAGGAUGGUGGUGGCCCGGCCAGCCGGCUGCGGGGCAGCGCUCUGGCUCUGGAUUGUCGGCGGCGUCCUCUGCAGAGCCCGGACGGCUCCCGCCACGUCGCAAAAAUGUGAUGAGCCCCUGGUGUCUGGCCUCCCCCACGUCGCCUUCAGCAGCUCAUCCUCCAUGUCUGGGAGCUACUCUCCUGGCUACGCCAAGAUCAACAAGCGAGGGGGUGCUGGGGGAUGGUCUCCAUCAGACAGUGACCAUUAUCAAUGGCUGCAGGUUGACUUUGGCAAUCGGAAGCAGAUCAGUGCCGUGGCGACCCAAGGAAGAUACAGCAGCUCGGACUGGGUGACCCAGUACCGCAUGCUCUACAGUGACACUGGAAGAAACUGGAAACCUUAUCAUCAAGAUGGGAAUAUCUGGGCAUUUCCUGGCAACGUCAACGCCGACAGUGUGGUCCGGCACGAGCUGCAGCACCCGGUGGUCGCCCGCUACGUGCGCAUCGUGCCCCUGGACUGGAACGCGGAGGGGCGCAUCGGGCUCAGGGCCGAGGUCUACGGCUGCGCGUACUGGGCUGAUGUUAUCAACUUUGACGGCCAUGUUGUGUUACCGUAUAGAUUCAGAAACAAGAAGAUGAAAACUCUGAAAGACGUCAUUGCCUUGAAAUUUAAAACCUCUGAGAGUGAAGGGGUGAUCUUGCACGGGGAAGGCCAGCAAGGGGAUUAUAUCACUUUGGAACUGAAAAAAGCCAAGCUGGUCUUCAGUUUAAACCUAGGAAGCAACCAGCUUGGCCCCAUAUAUGGCCACACAUCCGUGAUGACAGGAAGUCUACUGGACGACCACCACUGGCACUCUGUGGUCAUUGAGCGCCAGGGCCGGACCAUCAACCUCACCCUGGACAGGAGCGUGCAACACUUCCGCACCAACGGGGAGUUCGACUACCUGGACUUGGACUAUGAGAUCACCUUCGGAGGCAUCCCCUUCUCUGGCAAGCCAAGCUCCAGCAGCAGAAAGAAUUUCAGAGGCUGCAUGGAAAGCAUUAACUACAAUGGCAUCAACAUCACUGAUCUCGCGAGAAGGAAGAAGCUGGAGCCGUCAAAUGUGGGAAAUUUGAGUUUCUCCUGUGUGGAGCCCUACACGGUACCUGUCUUUUUCAAUGCCACCAGUUACCUGGAGGUGCCCGGACGGGUUAACCAGGACCUGUUAUCAGUUAGUUUCCAGUUCAGGACUUGGAACCCCAAUGGUCUUCUGCUUUUCAGUCAUUUUGCGGAUAAUUUGGGCUACGUGGAGAUUGACCUCACCGAAAGCAAAGUUGGUGUUCACGUCAACGUCACGCAGACCAAGAUGAGCCAAAUCGAUAUUUCCUCAGGUUCUGGGUUGAAUGAUGGCCAGUGGCAUGAGGUCCGCUUCCUGGCAAAGGAAAAUUUUGCUAUUCUCACUGUCGAUGGAGACGAGGCGUCAGCAGUUCGGACUAACAGUCCUCUUCAAGUGAAGACCAGCGAGAAGUACUUUUUUGGAGGUUAUCUGAACCAGAUGCAUAAUUCAAGUCACUCUGUCCUUCAGCCUUCAUUCCAAGGCUGCAUGCAGCUCAUUCAAGUGGAUGAUCAGCUUGUGAAUUUAUCCGAAGUGGCACAAAGGAGGCCAGGAAGUUUCGCGAAUGUCAGCAUUGAUAUGUGUGCCAUCAUAGACAGAUGUGUGCCCAAUCACUGUGAGCAUGGUGGGAAGUGCUCGCAAACGUGGGACAGCUUCAAAUGCACUUGUGAUGAGACGGGAUACAGUGGGGCCACCUGCCACAACUCCAUCUACGAGCCUUCCUGUGAAGCGUACAAACACCUUGGCCAGACGUCCAAUUACUACUGGAUAGAUCCCGAUGGCAGCGGACCUCUGGGGCCUCUGAAAGUUUACUGCAACAUGACAGAGGACAAAGUGUGGACCAUAGUGUCUCACGAUUUGCAGAUGCAGACGACGGUGGUGGGCUACAACCCAGAAAAAUACUCAGUGACACAGCUCGUUUACAGCGCCUCCAUGGACCAGAUCAGCGCCAUCACCAGCAGCGCUGAGUACUGUGAGCAGUACAUCUCCUACUUCUGCAAGAUGUCGAGGUUGUUGAACACCCCAGACGGAAGCCCUUACACCUGGUGGGUCGGCAGAGCCAACGAGAAGCACUACUACUGGGGAGGCUCGGGCCCGGGCAUCCAGAAGUGCGCCUGCGGCAUCGAGCGGAACUGCACGGACCCGCGGUUCUACUGCAACUGCGACGCCGACUACAAGCAGUGGAGGAAGGACGCUGGCUUCUUAUCCUACAAAGAUCACCUGCCAGUAAGCCAGGUGGUGGUUGGAGAUACUGACCGGCAAGGCUCAGAAGCCAAACUGAGUGUGGGUCCCCUGCGCUGCCAAGGAGACAGGAAUUACUGGAAUGCCGCCUCCUUCCCAAACCCAUCAUCCUACCUGCAUUUCUCGACUUUUCAAGGAGAAACUAGUGCCGACAUUUCCUUCUACUUCAAAACUUUGAUCCCCCGGGGAGUGUUUCUUGAAAAUCUGGGGAACACAGAUUUCAUCAAACUCGAGCUGAAAUCUGCCACGGAAGUGUCCUUUUCAUUUGAUGUCGGAAAUGGGCCAGUGGAGAUUGUGGUCAGGUCGCCCUCCCCGCUCAACGAUGACCAGUGGCACCGGGUCACGGCGGAGAGGAAUGUCAAGCAGGCCAGCCUGCAGGUGGACCGGCUGCCCCGGCAGGUCCGCAAGGCCCCCACGGAGGGCCACACCCGCCUGGAGCUCUAUAGUCAGCUGUUUGUUGGUGGUGCCGGAGGCCAGCAGGGCUUCCUGGGCUGCAUCCGCUCCCUGAGGAUGAAUGGGGUGACACUGGACCUGGAGGAAAGAGCAAAGGUCACGUCCGGGUUCAAAUCCGGGUGCUCAGGCCACUGCACCAGCUAUGGGGCGAACUGUGAGAAUGGAGGCAAAUGCAUAGAGAAGUACCACGGAUAUUCCUGCGAUUGCUCCCACACAGCGUAUGAUGGGACAUUUUGCAACAAAGAUGUGGGUGCAUUUUUUGAAGAGGGGAUGUGGCUCCGGUAUAACUUCCAGGCGUCCGGGCUCGGUGCCAGGGAAUCGGGCGGCAGGUCGGAGAGCUCACCGGACCCCGCGGCCCCGGACCUGGCCCGCGAGGAGAUCCACCUCAGCUUCAGCACCACCAAGGCGCCCUGCAUCCUCCUCUACGUCAGCUCCCUCACCCCUGACUUCCUGGCGGUGCUCGUCAAACCCACCGGAAGCUUACAGGUUCGGUACAACCUGGGUGGCACCAGGGAGCCAUAUAAUAUCGACGUUGACCACAGGAACAUGGCCAAUGGACAACCUCACAGUGUUAACAUCACCCGUCACGAGAAGACCGUCAUUCUCAAGCUUGAUCAUUACCCUUCUGUGAGUUACCAUCUGCCAAGUUCAUCGGACACACUGUUCAACUCUCCCAAGUCGCUCUUUCUGGGAAAAGUUAUAGAAACGGGGAAGAUUGACCAAGAGAUUCACAAGUACAACACCCCGGGAUUCACUGGGUGCCUCUCCAGAGUCCAGUUCAACCAGGUUGCCCCGCUCAAGGCGGCCUUGAGACAAACAAACGCCUCUGCCCACGUGCACGUUCAGGGCGAGCUGGUGGAAUCCAACUGCGGGGCCUCCCCGCUCACCCUCUCCCCCAUGUCGUCCGCCACCGACCCCUGGCACUUAGACCACUUGGAUUCAGCCAGUGCUGAUUUUCCGUAUAAUCCAGGACAAGGCCAGGCUAUAAGAAAUGGAGUCAACAGAAACUCGGCCAUCAUCGGAGGGGUCAUUGCCGUGGUGAUUUUCACCAUCCUCUGCACCUUGGUCUUCCUCAUUCGGUACAUGUUCCGUCACAAGGGCACCUACCACACCAAUGAAGCGAAGGGAGCAGAGUCAGCAGAGAGCGCAGACGCCGCCAUCAUGAACAACGACCCCAACUUCACAGAGACCAUUGAUGAGAGCAAAAAGGAGUGGCUCAUUUGAGGGGUGGCUCUUUGGCUGUGGGAUGGGGAGGGGGGAUUACUCGGAGGGAAAGGGACAGUAGCACCCUACUUCAUACUCCUGAGCACAUCCUUAAAAUAUCAGCACAAGUUGGGGGAGGCAAGCAACAGAAAGUUCCUGAGACUGAUCGCCACAAAAGAUACUUUUUGAUAUUUCUUUAUAGCUGAGUUUCCCCUUCUGUAUCAAAACAAAAUAAUACAAAAAAAAUGCUUUUAGAGUUUAAGCAAUGGUUGAAAUUUGUAGGUAAUAACUGUCUUAUUUUGUGUGUGUUUAGAGGUGUUCUAAAAACCCAUGGUAAAGGGGCGAGUUUUCUACAUUUUUCAGAGCCCUUAGAAUUGGGGUAUUUUUUCUGGAGAAAAGCUAAUGCACAUACACAUGGCCUCCAGCAUUCUCUCCCUUCUGCAUAGAGUCAACCUCUAAUGGGCUAUUGGAGUAAUUAGUUUGUGUUCCUAUGAUAUUUAUUUUGGUGUCCUGUGAAUUGGAAAAGGAAAGCAAGGGUCAGAGAGAACCUAUGAUUUGCCAGUUUUCAGAGACCUCAGUCUAUGCCAGUUCUCAGAGAGUUCCUGCCCUAAGCAGCUGAAGAGAGAGAGGGUGGGGACAGCGUAAUCAACACAACCAAGAGAAGCUUUAAGAGCCCGGGGAUGCAGUUUCCUGUUGGGGUUGUUGGUUUUAUUUUCCAUUGGAUUCUACGAGAUAAUAUUGUCCCAUAUAUAGUCCUAGACUCAACCAGUGUCUGUAACUAUCAGCUACAAUCCCUGGUGACCAGCUGUUACAAAAGACCUUUCCUCUGCUUUACCUACGACAUGUUGGGUUAAUUGUAUGCAUGUGUGAGCAGCUCGGUGGGGAAUUCAAGCCAGAUGUUAAGAUUUGUUUGCUCCAUGUCUUUUAUAGUCGGUUAGCAAGAGCAUGGACACUUUCUAGCGAAUGCGUAAAUUAGGUUAUGCUUUUUGUUUUGCUUUCCAUCCCUAGUUUUUAAGACCCUGUGACAAAAUCCUAGCAGACAGUGUCCCUUGAAUGGAUGCACCAAAAUAAAGCCAGUUAUGAUCGCUAUUUUUAUUGCUAUGACUCUGGAAUCAUGGGGAAAACGCUGCCAUUUUUCAACUCAUCUAUUCCAUGUAUUGGUCCGUCCUGGACAGACACACUGCUGUGAAUCAGGGAUCUUCCUCGGCAGAGACCUUUGAAGCUCGGGUUCAUCACAACCUGGUAACUGGUUAGAGAAGGGACAUGUCCAGUCAACUGUUCCUCAGUUUAAGCAGGAACCUUGAUCCACUUAUUCCAGCAAAUAACUAUUAAUUUAAAAAUAAUAGACUGUGUGUGAAACAAACGGGGCAAAGCUCCAGCUGGAGCAUCUAAAAAAUAAUUUCAUUUAUUUAUUUCAAGAAAAGAUUACACAAAAGUUAUUUCUACAAUGACUACCAUUUAUAAUUGUAUUAUUCAGGCUUUUAGACUUAAUAAGUUCCUUAAAAGUGUUUUUAGACUCCAACAUUUUGAGGAAAUUAAGUAUGAUCACUUUUUUCUUUCACCUCCUGGAAGAGGGCAAGAUGCAGCUUAAAGGUACCGGUGCUAUUCUUCUGAUGACCUGCCUCAAGAAAAUGGAAAUUCUUGUUCAUUUGGGUUCCAUACUCAAGAUACUUGGAUGCCUAACUUAACUGGAGGGUCUCGGUUUCUUGAGUGAUGGAAACUGUUAUCCAGAGCUGCACAUGACCCCAGUGUCUGACGUAUUCCAGAGGAGACAGUGGACCAGUCACUUCACCUUCAAGUCAAGGUAACAGAACAAAAGGGAAUCCUAAGGCCCUUUUUACAGUUGCUGACCUCAGGCACCACCAUGAACGCCCUUUAUUGAAAAAAGGUCUUGAUCUUUCUUCCAUGAACUGCAUUUAAAAUGAAAAGCCUUUAUUAUGACCAAACAGAACACUGUAGCAGAUGACAUAUCGAAAACAAAAGUUAUUUAUUUGACUAAGAUGAUUACCAUUAAGGAUUCUUUUAUAGAGUGUCACAUUGAAAAAGCAAAUUUUAAACAUUGCAUUUAAAAAUGUUUCUGAUUUCUUAAAAACCUAUGUUACAGGUAUUACUUGUGCACUGAACAGAUAAUGCCAGAUGGAAAUCUGUUAUUUAUGGCAUUUCCCAUAAUAGCUUUAUUCUUUAUACAUCGAGCAUGUUCCCUUUCUUUCUAAAAUUAUUAAGGGGUUGAAACAAUCAAACACAGGCCUUAUACUAAAGUGUUCUCACCCCUUCUCUUCCCUGUCUUCUUUUCUCUUUUGUGCCACAAAAAGUGAAAAAUAAAACCUAACACUUCUCACCCAGUUUUGGAGUGACUGAAGGGACCAGUGCUUCUCCCAUCUCUCCAUCCCUGGAGGUUACAGAGCUAUGACCCUGGCUCUGCCCUUAAGGGGGUGACAGCCUGGCUAGCGGACAGUCGACACAGAAAGGUGGAUAAGGUAUUAAGUAAUGAAGUUAAGUGCCAAAUGAGUGCUGCAAAUCUUCUCUUUGGGACCGCAGUUUUCACCAAAUUUCCUAAAUCUGUUUGUGAAGGCCGCAUCCAGUACCUUCUAGAGGGUGAAUCAUUUGGUUCUUGUGGAGAAACAGAAGCAGCCUUUUUUCCAGCCCCCCAGGCAGCCGUGACCCUCUGACCCGAGCUCAGGGCCCAGCGUGGCUUUGUCAGUCAUACUCUGCAAAAGCUUGACAUCUUACAUCCCAGUACCUUACCUGUCAAACACAAAGACCACUGGUGGUGUCUGUUUAAAUAGUAACAGACAGAACAAAAACAAAAACAUUUUUUUUAAACAAGAGGUUGUUUUAAAGUUUCAGGGAAAGCUGGCGGCUGAUUUAGGGUUGUUUGUGCGGGAACUCUCCUCAGGUGUAAAGCAAGCAUCUCUGUUUCGAGUUGCUGGGAUUGGGGGCUUUGAAGGAACGCAAAAUCAGGGCCGUUCUAAGCUCUCAACAUAUCCCCUUGAGCUCCAGGAGCUCAAGAUGGGAGAUGUUACAUUCUUGUUGUGUUCUUCCCUGGCUUUUAGUAUAUAAGACAACAUUUCCCCUUGUGGCCUUCACCCAGCCGCUCAGAAAAGAGAGACUUGUUGUGUGGAAGUUUUUAAGGAGGAGCUGGAGACGAGUUUGGAGAGGCUUUGUGGGAAAGUCUGUUGCCCUGCGUUUGACAGACAAGCAUCCUUACCUGACAGGAGCAGGAUUUCAGAGGCGCAGGAAGAAGACCUGGCAGGAGCCCCAGAGUGGAUCUGAGUGUUGUCGCUGAACAUCUGUGCAGAAGUCACCAGGUGCCACUGGGAGCUGGGUGCACUCGCACCAUAGAAAGCUCCAAAGGAAAAGCAAACAGAGACCAGUUAUGGGAACAUAGUGUCAAGGUAGCGUCAAGAAGGAACUUUUAUUUCCUUCUGUAACAGGAUCUGGUCUUUCUACUCUACGCCUUGCUCUUUUUCACCUUCUCCUUUCUCCUGCGGUGUCAACAUUUUAAUGGUUCCUUUACCUUCACCCCCACCGAAUUAUUAGCACUUGAUUCGAACCUCUUCAUAUUUUUUUCUUUUUCUCCCUUCUGUCAAGCAGUUUUCAAAAAGAAAGGCAACAACUAUUAAACUGAAUUUCAGUGAGCCAGCCAGAAGGAUCUCUAAAUGGCUAGUCCCACUAGAGCCACCUCAUCCGGAAACAGAUGGGAAGCAGAUAGUGUGUCUGACUUGGGCUGGAAA